AUGAUUGUAUUUACGGUAACGUCAGGUUUACCAACGCGUCCAUCAUCGUCUGCUAUUGAAGAUGAUGAUUCUUCUUCAAUUAUAUAUCGUUUAAAUUCUAACAAUGGAGCUGCUUGUAUUCUAAUAAGUACUGAUGGUCUCAUUGAUUUCGAUUAUGAUACAACGUUAGGAGAAAAAAGGGAAAAACCUAUUUACUUACCGGAAGUAUUCGAAACAAGAGGAAAUUGUGAAAGACCGGAUGAUGCGUAUAUGGAUGUCAUUUGGGAAGGUUAUAAAUGGUCCGUUUAUUUUUCGAAGACUCCGGGAGGUGAACAUUGGUACGUUUCGAAAAUGGAAUUAACGCUUGAUCCAACAGCCGUGACGAAAAUAUUCGAACAUAUAAAAAAAGCUCCGAGAGAAUAUAAAUUCACGACACCGACGGAACACACUCAAAUGCUUUUCCCAACGCCCGUUGGAAAAUCGUAUAAAUGUUCAGAAGAUAUAGUUAUCGAAAUGAAAGAUGAAAAUCUUUUGGCGAAAAUCAGUUUGAGACAACUUAAAAUGCAACCCUUCAUUUUUAAAAAAGACGAUUUCGGACCAGAAUUUGUUUGUUCUCCGGGUGGUGCAAAAUCAUACAGAGAUGAAACAGCACCCAUAGCCGUUGGUAGCACCCUUGCCGUUAUCACACUUUUAACCGUUGCCGGUUAUGGAGUUUAUAGAUACAUGAAAGUUAAAAAAGUUCAAUACGACGCCAUGGAAUAA